UUUUUAUUUGUGAAGCACUGUCUAACCCUGUUGAGGGGUGCUACAUAAAUAAAGAUUACCAUUAUUAUUAUUACUACAUUAUCAACUGUCGUGCCUGAUCUGACGAGCAUGUUGUGUGACAGCCUUAGCUUGUCCCUGUUUGGUCUUGAGAUUAUGAGACGUAUUGUCCGCCAAACUCACAAAUCCUGCAGUGAAAUGCUGCACCAACGAACACACUCCAUCCUCACCACGAUCUUGGGUUCUGUGUUGUCUCCAGUUGGAAGCCUGCCUCUCCAGGGUGCAGCCAUGUUCACCUCCUAUACAGUUUGUCAGCAUCAGUCAUGGACUAGUGUUGCUGUGGGUCAUGUUUUUGUCUCUCUCCCACUCAGCAUGACCACGUUACUCCUCUGUAAAAGGAUUUUUUGUUUUGGCUGAAUCAUCUCUUCAAGGGCAUGAUGUAACGGCCUCAAGUAGGAAGGCCACGUGGCCAAAAGGCUCACCUGUGUUUGCGGUGACCAGCUGUCACUCUCUGUCUAAAUCCCAUCUUCAUUACACACCAUUCUAGAGAGGGAACUUCUUCAGCCUCGUCUGGUGGUUAACGAUGAAUCCUCAUGACCUAUACAGCUCUGGGUGCGAGGAAGAAUUGCAUAAGCAGCAUGGGGAAGACGUGGGAGCGUGAAGGCAGGAAGCAACACCGAGAUGUGAAAAUGGACAGGUGACGCCUCCACAGAUUCAGCGUGAAGCAGGGCGACAGAAACGCAGCCAUGAAGACAGAAUGAAUAGAAAGAGGAGGACAGAGGGAGUGAGCGAGGGCAGAGACACAGAGACAGAAGAUAUACUUGACCAUGUGGGUGUGAGAAGUAUCAAGGCAAGCAUCACAAUUGUGGAUUCUUCUCAGAGCAGCCGGACGCGUUACUGGAGCAGCAGGACAUCACUGGUCUCUCUAAGUGUGUUAUUUUCUACUCCAAAACAGGGGGAGUCGGGAGCACAAAGGGCUUCAUAAGAGACAUUUCCAAAGGCAAAAUGGACUCUGUUUUGUUUCGGCUCUCCGAGGAAUUCGUCAGCUGUAUUCACAACAGUACUUUAACAACUUGAAGUGGUGAUGAAGACUGGACAAUUACCAUGCCUCUCAUGAUGCCUCUCUCCUAAUAACCAAAGAAUCAAGUUAAAAGAAUCUGUGUGAGAUGGCCGUGACUCCUGUAAUCAUCUGCCUCCUGUCACUGAUUGGCAGUGGUUUAUCGCAUCCUUCUCCUCCUCCUCGGGGAUGCGGCGUGGAUGUGGACCCUCCGUACAGAGUGCUGUGUGACCUGGAGUCGGUCUGGGGUGUGGUUCUGGAGGCCGUGGCUUGCAGUGGUGGUGUCACCUCUCUGGUACUCGUCGGGCUCCUGCUCGCCAAGCUUCGCUCCAUGUCUGACCCCGCCAGGCGCUCCAGCGUAGGCCCUCUUCUCCUGCUCCUUGGCACGCUCCUCGGCCUUUUCUCUGUUUCUUUGGCUUUCCUGGUAGGGAAGACCCAGGCACUCUGUGUGGUCCGCAGGGCCUUCUGGGGGCCCCUCUUUGCCCUCUGCUUCUCCAGCUUGCUAGUGCAGGGUGUGAGGCUCAGGAGGCUGGUGGCUGGUAAGACAAGCCCAUCAGGCAGCUCUCUGGCUGCACUUGGCCUGGCCUUGGCCUUGGUUCAGGGCAUCAUCUCUGCUGAAUGGGUCCUGCUGACUGUGGUCAGGGAGGGUCACCCAGCCUGUGAAUAUCCACCUUUGGACUUUGCUCUGACUUGCAGCUACACCCUUGGGCUCCUCCUCAUAGCCAUGGGGCUCUCCCUGGGCGUGGUGCUCUGUGGAGGAGAAUUGGUGGCACAAGGAGGUGAGGAAGACAGAGAAGGAGAAAGUGAAAAACGGAAAUGGAAGUGCAAUGCCGUCUGGCUCUUCCUGUCCAGUCUGGCAUCAGCGCUGCUGUGGGUGGCCUGGCUUGGCUUUUAUCUGUAUGGCAGCCAAAUGAUGAAGGUAAAGGGGAAAGGAGAAAGGUUAGGAGGAGAAGGGAAGAAGGAUCUUAAAGUCUUGGAUGAGCCUGCGCUGGCGGUGGCCUUGGUUAUUCAGGGCUGGAUUCUGCUGCUGUUCCAUGCUAUUCCCGAGACGCACCUAUGCCUUCGAAAUGCUCCACAGUCCAACAAUGCACAAGAUUUCUUCAACUCGAGCCACACGUCACCUGCAGCACCUUUUGGAGAGGAGCUACCUGCACAUGCUCACCGACCCUUCCCUGAAAAUCAAACCUUUUCUAUGGAGGAUCACAGUGCAAGUAGGUCUAUGUGUUGUGUGUGA